AUGCAGAGCGGCAACAUCCUCCAGAUCCCAUUCCGGCGCACGCACAGCUUGCAGCUGUCGGAAGCGAUCCGGAACUAUAUCUCGACCAAGUACGAUCAACAUCCCGACACGUUUGCACGCGAUCUGGAGAUUAUCGAUCACCUGCGCAAAGAUGCCGUCAACGCCCUCGAGCCGCAUAGUAGCGGUGUCAGGAAGCUGCAGUCGUAUGCCGCGCAGUUGGUGUGGAUGGGAGGGAAAUUCCCCGUCGAUAUAGGUGCAGACUUCACUUGGUAUCCCUCUUUGGGAUACCACACCAAUCGAGCCCAUACCGAGAACAACAUCCGUUUCGAGCUCGCCAACGUCCUCUUCAAUCUAGCCGCCAUGUAUUCGCAACUAGCCCUGUCCUCCAAUCGAGCAACGACGGACGGCCUCAAGAACGCUGCAAAUAACUUUUGCUUCGCUGCUGGUGUCUUCUCCCACCUCAACGACAAUGUCAUUCCGGACCUCAAAAGUAGUCCGCCGGAGGAUAUGGACGCUGCCACGCUGGAAGCCCUGAAAGCUUUGAUGUUGGCGCAGGCGCAAGAGUGCUUCUGGCAAAAGGCCGUCAAGGACGGAAUCAAGGAUAGUAUUAUUGCAAAGUUGGCAGCCAAGGUUAGCGACCUCUACAACGACGCAAACGAUUGGUCUGUCAAGUCCGAGAGCGUACGGAGCGAAUGGAUACACCACAUGAACUCGAAGCAUCACCACUUUGCCGCAGCCGCUCAAUACCGUGCUGCGUGCGAUGCAUUGGAUAAGCGAAAGUACGGGGAGGAAGUUGCAAGGCUACGAGAUAGUCUCAGCUGCGUCAACAUGGCGUUGGGCGAAGCUAGACAUGUCAAUAAAGCAGUCUUGGGAGACUUGAACGGUCUCAAGAAUCGAGUCUCGGAGGAUCUCAAACGAGCAGAGAAGGAUAAUGAUACCAUUUAUCUUCAGCCUGAGCCUACGAAGAGCGAGCUGWCAGCCUUGGAUCGUGCAAGUAUGGUACAGGCCAGAGUGCCGAAAGAGGUGUCUGAUUCACAAGACUUACUUGGAGAUCGGGGCGAAUUGGGAAAGCCGCUAUUCACCAAACUCGUACCGUACAGUGUGCAUGUUGCUGCAUCGAUCUACGCCGACAGGAGAGACAGGCUCGUCAACAACACCAUCAUCGCCGAGUUGGAAGCAAUGACACAGAGCAUUCACGAAUUGCUCGCGAGUCUCAAUCUUCCGGGGUCCCUACAGGCGCUAGAAAAGCCAUUGGGACUACCUCCUGGUCUUGCUAGUCACGCAGAGGAAGUGCGGCAAUCCAACGGUGUUCAUAGGCUUCACUCAACGAUUKCGGAUACAGAAAAGAUCAAAGCCAACAACCGUAUGAUGUACCAAGAAGGCAUUGCACUCCUCCGGACCGAAGCAAGCGAAGAUGAGGCAGCGAGAAGAAAAUUUGGAACAGAUCGUUGGAAUCGUGAAGCGGCGGCAGAAGUUGUUCCGAAGCUUUAUCAACAAGUCAAUGACAUUGAGGCAUAUCUGAAGCAAGCCGACGGAUCUGAUAAGAUGAUCCAACAAAGACUACGGGAGAGUGAGAGUCUCAUCCGACUGCUUGGAGGUUCUGACCGGGACUUGGAAGAUUAUGUGCCGUCAAGUCGACGAGCGACCAUGACCGCGAAAGUGGAACGCGAAGCCAAUGCACUUCGCGCAUCUUUGAACGAGAUCAACCGACUUGAGAGUCGGAGACGUAAAAAGGUAGACGCGUUGCGGACCAAGGCCAAAGAGGACGAUGUCAAUCCGGACCUACUGAAAGAGGCAGCGCGCCUGGAGCGCGAGUUUCCCAUGAUGCCAGUACAAGCGUCUCAGUUUGAGCCCCUCUUUGAUACACGAUUGCAAAGAUACGAUUCAGACCGCAACGACCUCAAAAAGGAAGACAUUGAACAGCAGCGUCUUCUGGAUCGGGUCACAGAGACGAACAACACCUUCCAGAUCACGAAGCGCGGGGACUCAUCUUCCAAAGAGCGCGAAACAGCCCUUCAAAGCCUUGAGAAUGCAUACACAACAUACAAAGAGAUCAUGAGGGAUUUGAACAAAUCCCGAACCUUCUACAAUGAACUCUCAGGAAUCACCACUCGCUUUCGAGACGAGUGCCGUAACUUCGUCUAUACCAGACGAAAUGAAGCGAAGGUCAUUGAAGAGGAUGUGGAGAGUGCCAUGGCGAAUCUUCAGCUGAAACAAAGUACCCACGCGCAAAGUCUGCUGAGUGAGAAACGGGCACAGCAACACCAUCAGGCUCCCCUUCAACAGCAAUCAAGAGUGGUGGACGAACCGCCAAUUGCCGCUCCAAUGCCGCAGAGGGUUGCUGUUCAGCCGCCUCCUGUUGCUAUGGCCAAGAGUCCGCCUGUUUCGGCUACUUGGAAAGAGGGAAUGCCUAUUGUAUUUGGACAGCCGAAGAAGUAG